AUGGAAAGGGUUAAAGAUCUGAAUGAGCUAUAUAACGGCCAAGUAGAAUGCGUUCUUGAAAAGUGUGAACGGUCUGGAAAGUGUUUUUUGGUGCAACAGUCUUCCACAAAUGUUUGCUGUCCGGAAUGUCUAACCUGUUCACACAUGGGAACGGAACACCAGAACGACGAAGUUUGGUAUGAUCGAGUUGAUCCGUGCAAUCAGUACACCUGCAAGGACGGUGUAGUAACCAACUGGAGAAAUAAAUGCACAAACCAUUGUCAAAAAGGAGUUCAAAUACCUGGCUACUGCUGUCGAUUAUGUGUCUUGCCGUAUAUAACCAGUGAUCCAUGCGUCCGCUGUGAUUUGGUGAUGAACCAAUACUAUCACUGCUACCGCACUGCCUGUCCGGUACUUGGAUGUGCUGCGGACCAGCAAUUUCGAAGCAUCAAUAAGCUAGUUUGCUUUAUUCAUUUACACCAAAUUAGAACAUAUUGUAAUGAUUGUAAGUGUUGUGCCGAGUGCGUUUCAUAUCCGCAGAAAGCCUUGUCACUUUCGACUUCUGUUACUCGCAAAGGUUUUUUAUCUUGUUCGUUCCAGAAACAAGAAUUUCCACAGGGUAAAACGGUGGUUAUAGAUCCUUGUACGAAAUGUCACUGCAGUAAUGGCACGUUGCUUUGUAGAAGAUUCACAUGCCCGUCCAAGCACUGUGAUGCAGCAAGGCUCUUUUACAGAAAGGAUGUUUGCUGCGGAUUCUGUAGUAUAACGCCACGAAACUGUAAAGUCGUUUUUGCCAACGGAACACGAACAGUAAUGGAGGUAAUGUUCAUAUAAGC